AUGUCACGGGCUAUUAUUUCGGACGUUGAUUCGAUUGCUAGUGAUUCUGAGGAUGGUGAAAGAACAGACACAAGAAGUGAUGAUAACAUUAUUUUAACUCAUCAAACAAAAAGACUGAGGAUUGAAAGUGAGCAUUAUAUACCAAAUCAACAAUUAUCUAUCGACGAGUCGUUAGUUGGUACUCACUGUCAUUCUGCCAUAAAACAAUACAUCCCAAACAAAAAACACCAUAAAUUUUGGAUGUUGUGCGAAUCGAUUUUUAAAUAUUGUUUGCGAUUUUUUUGCUACAAAAGAGCUAAAACUACAGAUGACAGAGAUUUAGUACAAAAAUAUGGUCUUGGAUUUACGGUUGUGCAAAAAUUGUUUUCAAUUGGAAAUUAUCUGCACAAAGGCUAUCAUCUGUUUACAGAUAAUUUUUACACAAGCUUACACUUGGCCAAAGCCCUUUUGAAACAAAAUACAUAUCUAAUUGGAACAAUUAGACGUAACAGAAAAGAGAUUCCUCCAGAAGCUAAGAAAGCAAUCGUGGGAGAAGCGAAAUACAUGGCACAUGAAAAUAUAUUGAUGUGCUCUUUCGGGGACAAACAGUCUAAACCAAACCCAGUCAUAUUGAUUUCAUCCAACUCGGAUACUAAUAGUGUGACGAUCAAGAAAAAGAAAGGGAAUCACGAAAUCAAGCAUGAUUGA